CCAAUUUUUACUCUCUGCCAUCAUUCGUGCUCAAAAUUUGAGCUCACUAAGCCAAUACAACCGGACAUACAUAUCUAUCGAUCAUAUCGAAUCGAUUGCAAAUCGAUGUCUCCUGAACACAAGAAAUGUACUCAUCUUGCCCAGGUGGCUUCUCUCCAGCCCCCAAAGCUGUCUCAGAGCGUACAUCGGGAAGAGUGUACACAAUGCUUCGAUGAUCAGGAUACUUCACUCGGCAUCUCCGUCUGCCUCAUUUGCUUCAAUGGCGGCUGCCUUAGUACUGAGCGGCAUCACGCACAAACGCAUUGGAAGAAGACCGGCCAUUUGUUCAGUAUUGAUGUGAAGAGGGUUCGGAAGGAAAAGGACGAGAAGUCUGUUAGUCAACGAGCAGAAGGAUCUGAACCGCCACUCAAAAUGACUAAACUAGCCAUCCUCGAAGAACGCGAAGAGGACAAGUACGACUAUCUGACGAGUGUCAGAUGCUGGGACUGUGACACUUUUGUGACUGACGAAAGUAGCUCCAAGAUUCCGUCCCUGAUUUCCUCGAUUCUCACAUCUCCCUCUUCCGCACGUCAAUCCGAAGUUCAAGCUUGGGAGGAAGAAAUCCUUCCUUGUGAGCACACACUCACAUUGGACCAACUCCCUCUAUCUGCCCAACCCAUUGCUGAGGCAGGCCAUGCCACCUGUUCCUCCUGCGAUCUCACUUCUAAUCUUUGGCUUUGCCUUACCUGUGGCUCUCUUGGAUGUGGACGAGCCCAAUUUGGGGUCACGAAUGGUGGCAACGGACAUGGGUUGGCCCAUUAUCAGGCCACGAGGCAUCCUGUCGCUGUUAAGCUUGGGACCAUUACCCCCGAGGGCAAUGCAGACAUUUAUUGUUAUCUGUGCGAUGAUUCGAAACUGGACCCAUCUCUCUCCAAUCACCUGGCUAUCUUCGGCAUCAACCUCUCGGCCCAAACGAAGACCGAGCUGAGUGUCACGGAGAUGCAAAUCGAACAUAACUUGAAGUAUGACUUUAGUUUAACAAACGAAGACGGGAAAGCGCUGGAACCUAUCCACGGCAAAGGGCUAACUGGACUGAGAAAUUUGGGUAAUAGUUGUUACAUGGCCAGUGUUUUGCAGACAAUCUUUGCUUUACCUGAGUUCAAGGAGCGAUAUUAUGCACUCGAAUCAGCCCGUGCGCAGGACCACGCUGAAAUUUGUCCCGAACCCCUUCCAGCUGAUUGUGUGGAGUGUCAAAUGCGGAAGAUCGCGGACGGCUUGUUGAGUGGUCGAUAUACCAAUCCAGCCCCUUCCCAUAUCAAUGCUUCAUCCCAUGCUGGAGUUACUGAUCCUACCAUUCCGGCAUUUCAGCAAGGUCUGAAGCCCUCGACAUUCAAAACCCUAGUUGGUAGAGGCCACCACGAGUUCUCAACUAUGAAACAACAAGAUUCGGAGGAGUUUCUAGAGUAUCUUGUCAGUGUGUUAAGAAGGGAUUGGAAAAAACGGGGUGGGGAGGAUCCAACCCGGAUAUUCUCGUACUCGACAUCCCAACGACUGCAAUGCACCGAGUGUCGAAAGGUCCGAUACAGGACAGAUGAGAACGACGUACUGAGUAUUGCCGUACCGGCGAUUGAGAAAGGCAAAGACCCUCAAACCGGAAAGAUGCUGUAUGGAGACGUUUCGUUAAUACAAUGUAUCGACUCUCUCCUCGCACCCGAACCAUUGGAAGACUAUCAUUGUCCGUCUUGCAAAAAACCGGUAGUGGCUGCCAAACAAACUCUUGUAUCAUCUUUCCCGUCGGUCCUAGUAAUUCACGCGAAAAAGUUCCAGUUAGUGAAUUGGGUUCCAGCUAAAUUAGAUAUACCUCUUGUCCUCCCCGACGGAGAUGUUCUCGAGUUCACCGAAAAACACUUUGGGAAAGGAUUACAACCCGACGAGGAAGAACUACCUGAAGAUGAAGCGGCACUACAGGAAGCCUCAUUACCCCAAUUCAAUGAAAAUGCUCUCGCUGCACUACAAGGCAUGGGUUUUCCUCUCAUUCGGUGUCAAAAAGCCUUGCUCGCUACCGGAAACACGGACAAUGCCGAAGUUGCAAUGGAGUGGUUGUUUGGGCAUAUGGAAGAUCCUGAUAUAGACGAGCCCAUCCAACCUGUAACAAGCUCACCGAUGUUGGGACCUGAGCCUUCGGCGGAACAGAUCAGCAUGUUAUCUGAUAUGGGCUUCACAUCUGCACAAGCGAAAAAGGCGUUACGCGAGACGGGCAACGACAUGGAACGUGCUGUGGACUGGUUAUUUAACCAUCCGGAUGAUAUAGGGGAUGACAAUACCGUGCCAGCCCCAGCUCCUCAGGAAACCCAACCCAAACCCUUAACCGACUCUACUUUACUCCCCGCACGCUACCGUCUCAAAGCUUUCAUCUCACACAAAGGACCCUCAGUUCAUUCAGGUCACUAUGUCGCUCAUAUUCGGAUGCAUGUUUCUGCUUCGAGUAACGACGGUAAAGAGGACGCAAGCAUGGAUCUAGAUUCAAAAGAGGAAGAACGAUGGGUUCUCUUCAAUGACGAAAAAGUAGUCAAAGCGGACGAGGAAAGCGUCAACGAGUUGAAGAAAUUGGCCUAUCUAUAUAUUUUUGAGCGCAUUUAAAAUUUGUCGUACAGCAACUACUACUAGCAACCUUGAUGGGUAGAAUUGCGCACAAAUACAAAUUUCAUACGUUCUUUGACAAAGUGAUAUGGACCGUUUGCCAGUUGGAUAUCCAAGGGCUGUCCAUUUAUGAAGGAAGACAUCCCAAGGAGAACAAGGACAACUGAAUUUAGAGAACUGAGGACAAAAAGAA